UAUACAUUAUUAUAAUAUUGAAAUAUAGAGAGCUUGUGACUGUCCGACACCAGUCACAUAUAUUUUCACGUAUUGACAAAUUACGAACAGUUGUAGCAAUUCAUAGCUUUUAUGUAGCCUAUACAUAUUGUUAUUCUAUACACAAAAAAAAACUCAAAUGCAGAGCAGAAGCCCUUAAGAGAAGCUCUGAUAAGUAGAAAACAGACAAAAGAUGGCUCUCUCGGUUUCCAUAUUUGCCUCUCUCGCACCAUACUUAGUCUCUGCGUUACUUCUCCUCUUUCUCAUCGAGCAACUCUCUUACCUUGUCAAGAAACGUAACCUCCCUGGCCCUCUCUUUGUCCCUCCGAUCAUCGGAAACGCAGUUUCACUCGUCCGUGACCCGACUUCCUUCUGGUACAAGCAAUCUGACACGGCGGGCACUUCGCGUGGCCUCUCUGCCAACUACCUCAUAGGAAAAUUCAUCAUCUACAUCAGAGACACUGAGCUUUCCCAUCAAAUCUUCUCCAACGUUCGUCUUGAUGCAUUCCACCCUCUUGGACAUCCUUUUGGCAAACAGCUCUUCGGUGAUCAUAGCCUCAUCUACUUGUUUGGUGAGGAUCACAAAACCGUUCGCCGUCACCUUGCUCCUAACUUCACCCCCAAGGCACUCGCAACCUACUCUGAUCUCCAACAAUUAGUUAUGCUCCGUCAUCUACGACAGUGGGAGGAAAGUUUCUCCGGUGGAUCUAAGCCGGUGUCCAUGCGAGAUCUUAUCCGUGAACUCAAUCUUGAAACUUCUCAAACUGUUUUUGUCGGACCCUACCUUGACAAAGAAGCUAGGAACACGUUCCGUACUGAUUAUAAUCUGUUCAAUGUCGGAUCAAUGGCGCUCCCAAUCAACCUCCCUGGCUUCGCGUUCAGCAAGGCUCGCCAGGCGGUGAUGAACCUGGAAGAGACACUAGCCUCAUGCGCCGGAAAAUCCAAAACGAGGAUGGCGAAAGGGGAGGAGCCGACAUGCUUAAUCGAUUUUUGGAUGCAUGCAAUCGUCACGGAGAUAGAGUCCGGGAAUCCGCCGCCGGUUCACUCGGAAGACGAAGCCAUCGGCGGUUUGCUCUUCGAUUUUCUCUUUGCCGCGCAAGAUGCUUCCACGUCAUCACUCCUUUGGGCGGUGGCGUUUCUUGAAUCGGACCAGGAAGUGUUAAGCAAAGUGAGAGAGGAAGUGGUCAAGAUUUGGUCGCCUGAGUCCGGGAAGCUAAUCACGGCCGAUCAGCUCGCCGAGAUGAAGUACACGCGUGCUGUGGCGCGUGAGGUGGUGAGAUACAGGCCACCGGCAACUAUGGUGCCACACAUUGCUAUUAAUGAUUUCCCUCUCACGGAAUCGUACACUAUCCCAAAAGGUACAAUUGUGUUUCCCUCAGUUUUUGACUCCUCGUUUCAAGGGUUUACUGAACCGAACCGGUUCGAUCCGGACCGGUUUAGCGAGGCAAGGCAAGAGGAUCAGGUGUUCAAACGUAACUAUCUAGCUUUUGGAUGGGGUGCGCACCAGUGCGUGGGCCAGCGUUACGCAUUGAACCACUUGGUACUCUUCAUAGCAAUGUUCUCGUCUUUGUUUGAUUUCAAGAGGCUUCGAUCGGACGGCUGCGAUGACAUCAUAUACUGCCCCACGAUAUCGCCAAAGGACGGGUGCACGGUCUUCUUGACUAAGCGAGUCGCAACGUACCCCAACCUCUCUCCUUGAAUUUGUUUAAAUUCUAAAAAUAAUUAUUGGUGACAAAGUCAAGUACGUACUCAAGAGUGUGAUUUGUUUUCAAUGUUCGUGAUCGUGAUGUAUAUCUCCUGGAUAUUUCCCUUAGAGUGGUACAGUCUUUGUUGCUGAAUUUGAGAUGGAGAGAUGUCGUUGUUGAUGCCAUCAGAUCUAUCUUAUCUUUGUUUGGUCCCAGUGAAGUUAAAAAACGUGUUUCGUGUAUGUUAGGUCAUUGUCA